AAACGGGUAAAAAAAAACAAAAACGGCUUUCGGAGGACGCAGCCUGUGAAUUUGGACUCAGUCUGUCAAGCAAAACAAAGGCGGAAAUUGUACAUCUCGACAUGGACGCUCUAUAUUCAAGUGGUUGAGCUCGCCCGUCAGAAUGGCAACAACUCUGAAAACCUGUCCAAAAAUCUGCCUCUACUUAGCCGCCGAACAUUUGUGUGGAGCAGCAGGUCUGUGUGCUCAGCAUCCUUUUUCUCAAAAUACACUCUUCCAAUUAAAGUUCACCUCCAAACAGCUAGAGAGACUUGCCAAAAAGGCAGAAAAGGAUUCCGAAAAGGAGCAGGCUAAGGUCAAAAAGGCUCUACAACAGAAAAAUGUGGAAUGCGCUAGAGUUUAUGCUGAGAAUGCCAUCCGCAAAAAAAAUGAAGGUCUGAACUGGCUGCGCAUGGCAUCUCGAGUCGACGCUGUGGCCUCUAAAGUCCAGACUGCUGUCACAAUGAAAUCAGUGACUAGAAACAUGAGCCAGGUGACCAAGGCGCUUGACAAAGCUCUGAACUCAAUGGAUCUUCAAAAGGUCUCUGCUGUCAUGGAUAAGUUUGAAAGCCAAGUUCAGAAUCUUGAUGUCCACACCUCAGUAAUGGAGGAUUCCAUGAGCUCUGCAAUGACACUGACAACACCACAAGAACAGGUGGAUGACUUGAUCCACCAAAUAGCAGAGGAAAGUGGCCUGGAGGUGAUGGACCAGCUCAGCAAAUUGCCCGCAGGAGCCACCUCAGUGGGUGCAGAGACUUCACGCAGCCAAGAGAAGGAAGACCAGCUUUCUAGACGGCUCGCUGCUCUGCGGAACUGAAAGGGGACUCGACUCACAGCUAUGUGGAAAAAGACAAGUUUGGUGGUGGUGGUAUUUGUGUUCCAUCAAGGAAGAAGCAUCACAUUCCCACUGCCUCAUUUUGGCCUUAAGAUUGUGUGCCCCCCUCCCUUGCAUGCCGUUUGCAAAAUGGUUCCGGUUUUCCUUAACUGUAUAAUGACAACAAUAAUGUAAAUUUUAAAUUUGUAAAACCAAGCCAAGUUAUUAUAUGUUAGUUAUUUUAUGAGAGUGGGACAUUUUUUGUUCUUUAGUACCUGGUCUGGGUCAGACUUUGGUGGCCUGCAUACUGUAUGGAAAAGCAUUUGACUGCCUGGUCUCAUCACAUUCUUCGAAGUCCCAAAUAUUUUUACCAUUGAAUACACCAGUGGGCAAUCCCUGCAUUGGACUUCAGUGAGUCAUGUUUGAAUUUAUUUGUUGUUAAACAUGCAUGACACAAUCGACACCAUCCGUGUGAAAUACUGUAUUCUGGAUUGAAGUGCUGUCUAAAGUGCCUGAUGGACUGUACAAACUAGUGCAAGGCGAGCUGAGCACUGCACAGUUUUUGUCAAAGUUAGGAAGAUGUUUUUGCCAACAGCACCUUAGCAAAAGAACUGAUGACAGCUUCCUCUGGGUGUCAUAGAUGAACAUACGUCAUCAUUUUAUUGUUGCAGUGUAAAGUUGUCCAAUUGUGUCUUUUUCUGUGAAUAUCCCCAUACUAUAUAUUUUGUAUUCGUAGGCAAGACACCCAAGAGUGGGCAGGUUAAUGUAUCAUCUAAACAAAUCAGACAGAAGUCGUAACGGACAGUGAAAUUAAAGGUGAUUAGAUUAUUUUUAAAGUCAUCUGAAUGUUUUAUUAUAAAUGUAAAUUUGCUUUUAUUAUGUUUUUCAUUAUUAUUUUCGGUGAGAAGAUUAUUUUUAAAAGGCAUCUGAAUGUUUUAUUAAAAAUAGGCCUUUGAUUUUUUUGUUUUGUUUUUUAAUCGUGGCUGUUUAUUUUAAUGGACUACAAAAUUUCACGAGAGACGCAUGGAUAAAAGCUGUCUUGUCCUCUUACUGAGCAGUUUUAGUGUUGCCCUCUGUUUCAUUCCUUUUGCAAAUUUUUACAAUGGUGUGAUAUUUAUGAGAUUUAAUCUUUGCAGCACUUUUAUCUUACAAAAAUAUAAAACUUUCCUCCAGCGCCCACUUUAAUUUGAAUUCAGUUUUUGGUGUGUUGAUUGCAGACAUCAAUCGUUUUGUUGAUCCAUACUAGUUGUACACAGCGCUCUGCCUAAAUGUUUCAGUCCGUUUCAGUGCGACUAGGAAAUUACAAGGUCGCAUCGCUUUCAGCAUUAUGGCAACCGUGGUCAGGGGCAUCACUGAAGUAAGCUACUACUGGUCGAUCACAUGACAUU